UGUCAAACGCAAAAGACUGUAAACUCAGCGAUAUGUCAUCAUCCACCCCAAAACUAAAAACACGGCCUGAAAAAACUUGUCAUUUAUUAAAAAAAAUAACUCUUAACCACGGAACCUAAAAUUAAACUACGAAAACAUCUUUUCUGGAGCUUCUUGAUCGGGAAUAUACUCUGUUUUCAGACUCAGUCGUCUGCCUGUUGAAUGAAAACAGUUAGCGGGACUCUUCAAGCGCAAGACCUGACAAUCCGUUGACUGGAAAUAUGUGAUUCAGGAAAUACAGGCGUAGUUUCGCUCAUCCAGUUGUUUACUCGUUUCUUCGAAAGACUCUUUGGCACAUAUUUCCUCGAUUUUGGCUCGUUGUUGUUUUGGGAUUUCACGAAUCAGCGAGUGGAAAGUGACACGUUGCGCGCGCUAAGCUAAUUUAGCCUUUAACUUGGGUGAUUUAGACGCACAUAAAUCUGUUUAUAAGACUUUAUACUUUCACAAGACUCGCACAUAUUUGCAUACACAGUACAGAAAUGUCUUGUUAAUGUAAAUCUGAUAGAUGAGUAAAAGCUGUGGGUCUAUGUAGUUUUCACUUGGUCACAUUUCGGAUAAAUUAGUGGUGAACCAUCGAUAAUUUGAUGUUCUCUAAUGUGAUGUGCACAUACGACUGUAGAUGAUGUGCUGUAAGUGAACUGGAUAGUGCUGGAGCAUCAUGAUGGCACAGAUGGAGAAUGGACGUCUAUCGUCUGAUGACACUAUGAGUGUGAGGACUCUGGGCAGUCAGUUCGAUGAGGAGAGCUCUUUCGGGUCUGACUCUGAAAUCAACGGAUUCACCAGCUCAAGACUAACAGACAAAUAUGGUUUCAUCGGAGGAGCACAAAAGUAUUCAGCAGAAUCGGCUCAAGAUGUGCCUCUGGAAGUUUUAAGACACAGAGAAGUUAAAUGGUUGGAUAUGCUGAAUCACUGGGACAAAUGGAUCAGUAAAAGAUUCAAGAAGGUGAGACUGCGAUGUCAGAAAGGAAUCCCACCGUCAUUGCGAGGCAGGGCGUGGCUCUACCUGUCGGGUGGAAAAGUGAAGAGGGAACAGAAUAUCGGGAAGUUUAAGGAACUGGAUUUAAUGGAUGGAGACCCUAUGUGGGUUGAUGUGAUAGAGAGAGAUCUACACAGACAGUUCCCCUUCCAUGAGAUGUUUGUAUCCCGAGGGGGUCAUGGGCAACAGGACCUCUUCCGAGUGUUGAAGGCUUACACCCUGUACAGGCCAGAUGAGGGUUACUGCCAAGCUCAGGCUCCAAUAGCUGCAGUGCUUCUGAUGCACAUGCCUGCAGAGGAUGCAUUUUGGGGUCUGGUUCAGAUUUGUGAGAAGUAUCUCCCUGGAUACUACAGCGCAGGCCUGGAGGCCAUACAGUUGGAUGGGGAGAUCUUAAAUGCAUUAUUAAAACGUGUGAGCCCUGUGGCAUAUCGGCACCUUGAGAAGCACAAGAUUGAGCCCAUCCUUUACAUGACGGAGUGGUUAAUGUGUGCAUUUUCCAGAACUCUACCCUGGCCCUCUGUGCUUCGAGUGUGGGACAUGUUUUUGUGUGAUGGUGUGAAGAUAAUAUUCCGUGUUGGGCUGGUGUUGCUGAGGGGCAUGCUGGGAUCUCGGGAGAAACUGAAAGCUUGUCCUGGUCAAUAUGAGACUAUGGAGCUUCUCAGAGCUCUGGAGCCACAAUACAUGCAGGAGAGCUUUCUCGUACAUCAGGUGUUAGAGCUGCCCAUAUCUGCUCGGGAUGUCGAGCGAGAGCAGCGUGUACAGCUUAAGCGCUGGCGGAAAACUCACGGCGAGCUCAGCUACAAGUCCUCUCCCAGAUUGCACGGUGCGCAAGCCAUCAUGACUGCUGAGCCUCACACCCGCAAAGACCUUCACCAGCAACCCACCAUCAUCAUCCAGAAUCCUCUGCCCUCAGACACUAACCCUGAAUUCACCCGCAUCAAGAAAAGAGGCACUAUCCGAAAAGCCCCUGUCCCUAAUCUAGAUGUCCCAAACCCUUACGCCUUACCUACAGACCACAAACUGGCCCCUCCAGCCCCUCUCAAUAAUCAAUCUGAGCUGCAACCAAAAGAAACUGCCCAACACCUGCAGACACCAUCAAACAAUCUGCACAAAGAACAUCCACCUCCAUCACUACAGCAAAUCUCACUUACUACACCAGAAAUGACACCAGCUGGGAAGGCAGUAGCUCCCAUUGAGAAACCCUCACAGUCUCCCCAAGAUCCUUCCCUCAAUAAGCCUCCUUUGGUCCCAACCUUACAUCUGUCUCAAGCACCACAACCCCAGCCAUCUCCAAGUCUCUCUCGCACCCCACCACCUCCCCAAACUUCACCAGACCCCGAACCUGUACACCCGACCCCGAUCCCUAUUUCUUCAAGCCCUGCUCUAGAACCAGUUCCUCAUCUUAAAGACUCACCCUCAACCAAUACCAACAACUCAGCCCAUCUUACGGAUCAUCCACCCACUACAGACUCAACUCCGCUUCUCUCAGAUGAUACACCUGUGAUUGAGGACUCUGUUGCAGCUCUCAAAGUUCCCAGUUUACGUAACUCAUGUGAGAGUGUGGGUUCUGAGGACACUUACCUGUAGCUCUCGAUUACCAAAAUAUAUUCAAAGAGGACGUUCAGGGAGAAUUCAGGAUUGGGAACCAACGAAAGCUUUUCGACUAUGGCAAUAAAGGACGAGUGCAAGAUGGAGGAAAAUUAUGAAUGUAUUUUGAUGUUUUGAAUUAAUGACUUUAGGUUUGAGUGAGAAUUUGGGUUUUUUACCUCAUCACUAAAAUUUACCUUCAAUGUUUGGAAUCAAUAAACUAUUGGUGUGAAGAUUUCGGAAACAAUAUCUUAAUCAUAAAAGGAGGGACCGAAUAGCGAAAAGACCUCCAAGUCUUUACUUGCUGUUAUCUCCAAUUAAACAAACAACCUAUUGUGUAAGUGCUGUUUCAUUAUGGACUGCACAAUCCACAGUCUAUGCAGAACAUUCCUCAAAAAGAUAGGAAACGUACUAGAAAUUGAAGCAAAAUAAUCUGUGUUUGCAUUAUUCUUCCAUCAGUAUCAAUCAUAAGCAGAGCAGAUUUUAUAAUCACAUAUGUUUGGGUAGUAUCUCAGUUACUGUGUUAUUCGCCGUUUAACCAUAUUAGGUCAUUAUGUUACAGUUGUUUGUUCUUUAAUUAAAUUUCAAGCCUAACAGUCUUACAUUUAUAACUUCUUUUUUACCACUAUUACUGGAGUCUAAAUGUUUGUUUGUCAACUUGCAGCCUCAAUAUAGUUUUAACACAUAAUUUAUGAUGCUAUAAUGAGCAAAGGAGCAUUGCAUUUUUCAACAUCAUGUUUAUUAUAAAUGGCUGCACACAAAUGUGGAGAUACAAAAUAAGAGGGAUAUUUAAUACGGGAAGCACCUGACUUGUUACACCAGAAAACAACUUUCAAGUUGCAAGAUUUAAUCUAAAUCUUUAAUUUGUAUAAGGCUAUAGGCUAUGCAAUAGACAUGAUGUUGAAAAGUAUUGCAGUGCCCCUUUAAAGCGUCAGAAGUAUUUAUUGUUUUGCUUGACUGUACACCUAUUCCAUCUUAGGCCAUCAGAUGGCGCGUUUUCCUUACAAAUGAUCGAUUUCAAUUACUGACCUGAAGUAAACCUGUAACAUUUGGGAGUUUAUUUACAUGCAUGCUUAUUUAUACAAAACAAACAUAUGUGAAGAGAGGUAUGUUACAAAAGUUGCUGUUUUGGUCAUGGACACUUGGUCAAAUGUUAUUGGAAGUUGUUUUUUGUUUUUUUUCUCAAUUUAUUAAUAUCUUCAACAUUAUGACACUAUUACGAGGUUUUCAUCUGCAAUGUAAUAGUGUUUUCUUUUGAAGUCAUGGGAUCACGUGUGAUUUAUUUUUUUCCAUGUGUGCUUAAAACUGACUUUGGCAAAAGCUUUAAAGUUUCACUUCGAUUUGUAUUUUUAAUAACAUAUUCUUAACAACUGAUUCUCGCCGUAUGUAGAUUUUGUACAAAUAAAAGUGCUUAUAAUC